AUGGUGUCGCUCAAAGCAAUUGUUGUCGCUUAUGCGGCGACGAACCUUUUGGGUGUUGACGCUGGUUUAUGCCGUCCAUCAACCAGGACUUCUCUGACCUCUAGCGCUGAGACCCAGACAUCAUCCCCGCUAGUUCCAACUUCUACCUCGGACAACAGUGACAUCCCGACUGAUACGACAUCAAAGGAUCCCAUUUUAUCGACUGAUGGAACAACUGUCACCGAUCCUAUGACAUCUGGAAGCGCAACUUUGUCCACGAGUGAAACUCUCAGUUACCUUGCGUCUUCAGAAACUCUGGCAACAUCGGAUACUGCAAUCCCAACAUUGUCGACUAUUGUAACCUCAAACACCCAAGUAUCCGAGGAUUCCACGACCUCGGGUAGUCCUAGUACGUCAAGCGAUCUCACGACCUCUGGUGACUCUGGUUCUUCCACCGAGUCUACUGACCCCACCACGUCGGGCAACCCUACGACAACUACUGAUGCCGCAACAUCUGCUGAAACUACGACAUCUAUUGAGUCCACCACAACCGCUGAUACUACAGCAACUGUCGAUACCACUACCACCGCUGUCGACACCAGUACAGCCGCUGGUACUACCACAACUGUCGAUACUACCACUACUUCUGAAGAACCUACAACUACAACUUCAGUCUGUGUUAAGCCCACCGAAAUGCUCAGACAGCCCGGCUUUGAGCCCUCUGAUGAUGGAGACGUCUGGGGAUUCUACUGGGGCGGCGGCUACAUUACCACUGACGCCGAUGAGGCUCGAACAGCCGAUGGGCUAGCAAUUUUACCUGUUCCUGACGCACAAGAACGACGCAUGGAGCAGCGUGUACAUAUCGUGCCCGACACAGAGUAUACAGUCAGCUUCUACUACGCUGUCGCAAAUCCACCAUCGUUCCAAACUCAAUGCUUCCUGUUUGCUACUUUCGAUUACUAUACGACAUUGUCCCAAGUGCCCCUACCAUCAGACACGGACUACCACCUGUACUCGGCGAGCUUUAUUUCGGCCGACAACCUGGAUCCGGCUAUCGAAAUAGGCGUCUCUUGUCCUCAAGCAAACAAUGGCUACACUGCUACAGUCUACAUCGAUGAUGCCUCAGUUAUGAAUGCCAAGGCCUGCGAUACCACUCCGGUUGACCCUAAUGAUCCCCCAAAGUCCACCCUUCUUGUCCCCGAACAACCAGAGGAACCUCGCUGCCCCGUAAAUGUCGCUCGAGUUCCUGGUUUCGAGCCUGAGGACGGUGAGCAGGCAUGGGCGUUCUACAACGGAGCGGGACAGUUUACGCAAGACACAUCUAAUGCUCGAACCGGCGAAUGGGAGGCGCUCACCAGUGAAGCCCAGCAGUACUACAUCUACCUUGAACAACAGUUUAGUGCACAGGAUCUUGAAGCCGGCGAGACAUACGAUUACCAUUUCUUCUGGAAACCCAAAACGCUACCUGACAACGGGCGCUGCUACAUCUACGGUGGCUACAAUGAUGCUAUUGCAUUUCCUCAUACCGAAGUUGAAUUUGGAGCAACUUCGUCAACUGGGUACACCAUCUACUCAGCUCGCUUCCCCAUGCCAGCCAAUGACCUCCUUCUCCAAAUCGUCUUCUACUGCAAUUACAACGCCGGCAAUCAGCAAUUGGGAUCUGUCUAUAUCGAUGACACUGCACUGAUUAAAGUUGGUGGCUGCGAAGCAUAUCCUAUGACUGGGGCACUCAUUGAAAACCCCAGUUUCGAGAUCCGAGCGACUGGGGAUAGUUCCUAUGCUUGGUUCGGCACCAAUGGUAUGGCUAUCAAGGCUGGAAGCGCAUCCGACGGCUUCUCACCUAACAGCGGUAACAACUACCUUAUUCUAACUCAGCCUAGAUACGUUCAACUUGAAUCCAUAGGGGAACCGGCCACACUGACCAAACCGCUGGCAAAGUCGUUGAAUGCAGGUCAAUCAUACACUCUCCAGUUUAACUGGGCGGCUGGGUCAUCGUAUACACCCGGUGAUUGCUCCUUCACAAUCGCCUUUGGUUCGGUCACUCAAGUCCUCGGACUAGACGACUCGAUCGAUGCGUAUCAGUAUCAACAGAUCGAGACCAGUUUCACGGCGACUGGAGAGGUCAAGUCGAUGUCUCUCACUGUCUCCUGUUCAGCCUCUGUCGUUGACUUUGCCCUUGAUGACUUUCUCCUACACUCAACCAAGAUUGGCGACGAGUAUAAUUCAAGAAUCGUUGAUAGUAUAGAUUUCAUAGUCGCCCAAUUGGCCAUGUCAAGCUUCGCACAGUUUCGUACACGCGAUAGACAGAUUUUGCUUUGA